AGAAGAGGAAGGGGCGAGCGGCACACAUCAGGUAGGGGAGGCAAGGAACUGGAGGCGCUUGGGUCGGGCCAUUGUACAACAGUAAAACAAUAGAAUCUGCAACACCAGUGACGUAUGCGAGCGUGCGCAAGCGCCGUGUCAUCGCGAAAAGUCGCGGACAAUAAAAAAAAAAGUGUCAUUGCAAAUAAAGACAGAGAAAGAAAGAACGAGAGAAAGAGAAAGAGAGAGAGGACAAGAGAGUGCUCGAUCUACUUUUCGAAUACGUAAUACAGUCUUGAAAGUGCUCGAGUUAGCAAUUCAAAAUGGUGCGAUUUAUAAAUAAAUUGUCUUUUUUAUCUACAUCGCAGAGUGGAUUAUAAUCCAGAAAAAAAAGCGUUGCAGAAAUCAGGAUCCAGGAUAAUCGAUAUCCUGGAGAAGACAGAUUCAAUAAAGCGAUCUGCCCAGAAUUGGAGGAAGAUUCUCCCGCGAAUCUUCGCAGAUCGAAUUUAGAUGAUUUAAACUUGCCGCUACCGCUGCGACGUCGUUCGUCGCAGGGUUGGCAGGACUGUUCGGAAAAUUCGGAAAGUGAACAGGUGUUUUUUGAAUGGAUUAGAGAGAGCAUAGGCGACGGGAGGACGGUGUUUCGCGGACGGUGAAUGAUCGUCGAGGAUUUGCCGGCCGUUCCGGAUGAUCGAUAGCCCGGAGGAUGCACGCGGGUACGCGGCUGUCAUUGGCGUCCAGGCGAAAAUGAGGAGGUAGGAGAUCAGAAAGUCAUUCUUGGCGCUUGGAAGAUGAAGAUAUAACAGCGCCAUUAUAACGGCGGCAGCUUUGUUAUCCCGUUCGCACCCAGGACCCGGACUUUUAAAUAUGCCACAUCAGUUUGGACUGCCAACAAUGGCACACAGUAUGCAGUCUCCGCCUUCACCGACCUCAGUCAUGUCCGUUUAUCCUCGAUUCGGCUCCGGCAUCUACAGGCCCGAUCAGCAGGACCAGCGAUUGACCCGCGAGGCGAUGGAGCGUUACUUGCGCGACCGAAGCGACAUGAUGAUCGUGAUCCUGCAUGCUAAGGUCGCGCAAAAAUCGUACGGCAACGAGAAGCGGUUCUUCUGCCCUCCGCCGUGCAUCUAUCUCUUCGGCGAUGGCUGGAGGAUGCGCCAGGAGCAAAUGCUGCGCGAAGGCGAGAGCGAACAAAAUGCCCAAUUAUGCGCUUUCAUCGGCAUCGGUAACUCGGACCAGGAUAUGCAGCAACUGGACCUGAACAACGGCAAGCAGUACUGCGCGGCCAAGACUCUCUACAUCUCCGAUUCAGACAAGCGCAAGCACUUUAUGCUCUCCGUCAAGAUGUUCUACGGUAGCGGGCACGACAUUGGCGUGUUCUUUAGCAAGCGUAUCAAGGUGAUCUCGAAGCCGUCCAAGAAGAAGCAGUCCCUGAAGAACGCGGACCUGUGCAUCGCCAGUGGCACGAAAGUGGCGCUUUUCAAUCGAUUGCGCUCGCAGACGGUCAGCACGCGUUAUCUUCACGUGGAGAAUGGUAACUUCCAUGCGAGCUCGACGCAGUGGGGUGCGUUCACCAUUCACCUCCUGGACGACAAUGAGAGCGAGUCGGAGGAAUUUCAAGUACGCGAUGGUUACGUGCACUAUGGCAGCACUGUGAAGUUGGUGUGCUCCGUGACGGGAAUGGCACUGCCGCGACUGGUGAUUCGCAAGGUGGACAAGCAGAUGGCCAGUUUGGAGGCCGACGAUCCUGUCUCGCAGUUGCAUAAAUGCGCCUUCUACAUGAAAGACACGGAUCACAUGUACUUGUGUCUCUCGCAAGAGCGUAUAAUACAAUUCCAGGCUACACCUUGCCCGAAAGAGGCCAACAAGGAGAUGAUCAACGAUGGCGCCUGCUGGACGAUUAUCAGCACGGACAAGGCGGAAUAUCAGUUCUUCGAGGGCAUGGGGCCGGUACGAUCGCCCGUGACACCAGUACCACUGGUCCAUAGUCUGCAUCUCAACGGUGGCGGUGACGUAGCGAUGCUUGAGCUCACGGGCGACAAUUUUACGCCGAAUCUGCAAGUCUGGUUCGGCGACGUCGAGGCCGAGACCAUGUACAGAUGCCAGGAGAGCAUGCUUUGCGUCGUGCCCGACAUCUCCUUGUUUCGCGGCGAGUGGCUGUGGGUGCGCCAGCCGACGCAGGUGCCGGUCUCCCUCGUGCGCAAUGACGGCAUCAUCUACGCUACCGGUUUGACCUUCACGUAUACGCCCGAACCCGGGCCGCGUCCGCACUGUCCUCCUGCCGAUGAGAUCAUGCGAGCGCCGCGUGCCAUGCACAAUCAGGCUAAUAUACCGCCCGCCGCAAUGCCUACCGACGUGCCCUGGAACACUCAUGGACAGCCGCCGCAGUCGGGUCUCUGAUAUCUUCUAGAUAAUCGUCAUAAUGCGAACCAAAGUCUACGAUGUAGUAGUGAUACGGGCGGUGCGACGCCAAUCGUGAUGUCCCCCGAUGACGACGACGAGGAUGACAACGAUGAUGAAAACGAGAGUAGCAGUGACGAGUGCUCGUAUCUGGCGAAAGAUUUGUUGCUCGAAAUCGAUAAUAGCGUGGCGCAACACGACGCAAACUUGGACAAUACGAAGACGUAGCGUUUCGCUCAAUGCACUCCACGUGUGGCACCUCCAACUCCGCGCGCUAAAACUGUCUUAGAACUCUCGUAAUUUGUUAACAAAGAUUUACAGAGAUAAUAAUUUAUAUAGCAGUUUUUGAUUUAACAGUUUACGCGAGGAUGUAUAGACCGAAUAUACGGAGUCCGAUGAUAAAAUUUUCAAGAGUGAAGUGAAUGGAAUUAUAUAAGAUUUCAUUCGACACGGCGAAAUAAGUUUCGUCGAUAUAUCCGAAACACUUCCCUUGGAACUUUAUCACGUCUCGUCUAGCAUUUUAUGAAGAAUUAAAGAAAAACUAUCAAACGGGCGUAGUUAGUAACGAAUGUAAUACACAAUCUUAGUCUAUACAUUUGCAUAUUGGUCACCGAACGGUUGUGCUUUUAACACUAUAUCUAUUACGAGAAGAGCUAUUACACUCGGAAAUCGGUAUAGUAAGUUUCAUAAUUAUAAAAGCAUUUUUCGCUCUCUCUAGGGUGUCCGUAAAGAUCGGGAUGAAAUUUAGUUUAUAUAAAUUUAUGUUCGAAUAAGCUUUAUAAGCUAUAAGUUUUCGAAAUGUCCAAAAUUGUUCUUAUAACUUUCUUAGAAUUUUCAACUAUAUUAAAUGGAAUGGUAUGAAAUAGUUAUAACUAUGAUACCUUAUAAUUCUUUAAUAAAGCACAUUUUCGGACAUAAGUUUAUAUACAUUUUUUUCACAUGCUCGACCCCAUUAACACAUUGUAUAAUUUGGUCCUUUAUAGACACCUUGUAUACAUCAUCGCUAGAUUGUAAAGCAAAUAUUAAUUUAUUGGGAUCGCCAGAGAGUAUUUGUUAUUCCACCGCGUGGAAAUGACUUCGUAAAGGGGGAAAAAUGUAUGGGAAAAAUCGAAAAAAAUUAUACGGAAGUCUGAGCGUUGCCUCGCGUGAAUGGUCUAUCAUGUACAAAGUAGGAUAGAGGAAGGGAUACGCAGUGUAUUUUUGAACUGCCAAUGUGCUCGAUAUUUGGUACAUUUGUAAAUUCGUGCGCGCACACGCAGUGUCAAUAGAUUUCUCUCAUUAUUUAUUAAAAAAUGCAUAUACUCUUUUUAGCGAAUGAAUGUGUGUAUCACGUGAAUUGGUGCUGAUUGUAAAAAACGGCCAGAGAUUGAUUGAUCAAGUCAGUGGAAUUCGUAUGCAUUUUUUUUCUUUUUUUAUAUCUCGAAAAAAUAAUCGACCAGUUUUCAAAGUGGCAUAGAUUUUUCCCUGAUACGCGUACGUGUUAUUUUAUGUACAUAGUAUUUCAAACGUGUGUAUAUCUGCAGCACACUUAUUGUGAUUAUAAUUACGUGGAUCCCGGUGUAAUAAUAAUUACAUUAAAUAUAUACCUCGAGAUAUUCGCGUGAAAUUAAUUUUUGAUUAAUCAUUCUCUUGUAAUCCUCGUA